AUGUCUCUGGGCCCGCCACUAAUUAAUCCACAACAGGAGAUUACUCCAGUGAAAAAUCUUCUUGUUCAUUUCGGUUCUGUGAUGGUACCCAUUCUGACCAGCCCUAGCAACUGUGAAGGAAACUCUGGCCGGAUGCCAAGCACCAAUACAAGCCACCUUACGAAGACCUCUGUGGGUUUUGCGAGGAAGGCGAGUCACACCCCAACGAGUAACAACACCCUCAUAACCCUUACCCUUUGUGACACCAAUGAUAUCAAUCAUCUCAUCUUUCUGGAAUACAGCAUCAAUAGGUACCUGCUUCUCAAAGAACCCAUAGGCAAAGUCGACCUUCUGAGCAAUAGUCCCGCCAUUCACUUGGAUCUCCAUCAGGUGAGCCUUCUUCUGCUUCAGCCCCUUCAUCUUCCUUAUCUGCAUGAACAAAGCGCUAUCAGGCUUAAUUAA